AUGUCAAAAAGACAUUUAGAAGAUAAAUUUAUAAAUCAUCCAAAUGAGCUUAAUUGUGAUUUAGAGACACGUUGUUCUUGGUUUAAUGUUAAAUCUGAUAAUAUACUAGAUACAUCUGAUUUUUAUGCAUUUCAAAAGACAUCAUCAAAAUCAUUUCCAUAUCAAGUAUCACCUGGUCCACGAAAUCAACCAAUUGGUAAAAAAUUUUUUUUUGCUGGUAAUACUACAGUUCCUGGUGAAAGUGCAAUUAUUUCAUCAAGUCCUAUUGGAUGUCAAAAAGGUCGUGGAAAAUUAUCAUUUACAUAUUGGUUAUAUAAUGAAGCUAAAAUUGAAGUAUUAUUAAUAAAACCAUUUAGAAAUCAUCGACGUGUACAAUUAUUAGAAACACCAUUUCUUGGAUGUAAUAAUGAUGAUUCUACUAAUGGAAUAUGUACAUUUACUUUUCGAGAAAUUAAUGAACCAUUUAAGUUAGGUAUAAGAGCGUUUAAUUUAAAAGAUCCAGGGAUUGGUAGUUUUGCUUUAAUUUCUGAUAUAACAUAUGUUGGUGAUGAAAUUUGCCAUUCCAAUCCAUUAAAAAAUAUUUUUGGUGAUGAUAUAUUAAAAAUUAAAGAUUAUAAUAGUAAAUUUAGAGAAAUAAAAACUUCAAGUGAUCUUAAUGCUAAUGGAUUAUUUAAUAAAAGUGAAUGGUGGAAUAAAUUUGAUAGUUCAACUAAUUGGAUGAUUGGUAAAAAUACAAAAUUAUGGAAAGAUUUUAUGUUAUCAAAUGAUAAACCAAAAGGUACAUUUUUAUAUCAAUAUAUAGAUGAAUAUAGUGAAAAACCAUAUGGUAUAUUAGAAUCAACUGCUAUCUCAUGUACUAAAAGUACUUCAACAUUAACAUUUUCAUUAUGGAUAACACCAGGAACACAAAUAUCUUUAUGUUCUGUCAAUUUAGACAAUGUUCCAUUAAGUUGUGUUGAUAUAAAUGAUGAAGAUAUUCAACAACCAAUGAUAAUUGAUAUUGAACCAAGUCAUAAUGAAAUAUUUAAGUUUAUUUUUGAAAUUAUUAAUUAUGACAAAUCAAAACCAUCUAUUAUCGUUAUUGAUAAUAUUUCAUUUGAUGGUCGUUUAUGUCAUGAACAAGAUAUAGAUACAGUUGAUGAAUUUGAAACGGAAUCAUUAGAUGAAAUGUUUAAACCAUAUAAUGAUUAUGAAAAAAUAAAAGAUGAAAGAAAUAUUGAUUGUGACUAUGAAACAUCUAAUUGUUAUGAAUGGGUUGAUAAUAGUAAUUUUUUUAAACGUUCAAUAAUUCCAAAACAAGUAUCAAGUUUAAUACCAACAUCAAUAGAAGGAAAAGGAAAUGUUGGAAUAUUUUUUUCAGCUUCAAAACCAAAAAUUUUAAAAUCACCAAUAAUUCCAUGUGUAAAUGAUGGUAAAAUUACAAUACAUUAUUAUAUAUCAAAAUAUGCAUCAAUGAAAAUAUGUGUUGUUGAUGAAUGUUUAAAUUUAAAUCAUAAUGAAUAUAAAAUUGUUUUUAAAAUUUCCUCUAAAAGACCAUUUUCUAUAGGAAUAAUUGCUGAAAGUAGUGGACCAUCAUUUGCCAUUAUUAAAUCAAUUAAAACAGAUGGUGAUUUUUGUAAAUUGCCAACAUUAAAUGAAAUGGCAUGUAAAAAAAUACAAUGUUUAUUUAGAAAUGAUACAUGUUCAUAUACAAAUAAAGAUGUAGGUGAAUAUUCAAAAGAAUGGAGUUUAUUUAAUCGUCAUGGAAUUAUAUCAAUUCUUGAUGAAAAUCAUCAAGUAUCUAUUUUAAAUUCACCAACAUUUCAAUUGUCAUCACCAAUAGAUAUACAUAUUACUGUUAUUCAAUCAACAUUUGGUUCAAGAUUAUUAAUGUGUGAAGAUGAUAAUGUAAAAAACCUUGAUGUUUGUGAACAAUUAAUGGGUCCAAAAAUAAAUAAACAGACAAAAGAAAUUUUACAAGUUAGAUUAGAUGAAGAUAUUAAAAAAUUUACAAUAGUUUCUAAUCAUGACAAAUAUUUACAAUUUGGAAAAGCUAUUUUUGUUAUUGAUUCUAUUAGAGUAACUAAUAUAGAUGGUACUUCAUUAUGUUAA